CCAGGACCGCAGACUAGGAGGCUUGGGGAACAGAGCCGAGCCGCCUACAGCCCCGGAACCACCGAGGCCUUCUCCGGGGUUUCCUCUUCUGCUCAUUCAACCCUCGGAUCGGGGACAUGCCAUGAGGCCAGGGUCCCAGGAGGGGCGGCGGGGGAUUGGAGGGGCUCCUUCUCCACCUCCUUUUCCCUCCAAAUGAGUCCAGGAGUCCUGCUGUCUUUGGGGAGAAGGAACUCGCAGGAAUUGAAGAGCCGUACACACCCCUUGACCUUGACCUGGCGCCCUUGAGACUGAGGGAUAGUGAAAGGCCUAGCCACUAGCUAACUUGGGGGGGGGGGGGAUCGAGGUAGAUUUCGUUUAUUUGAUUUUUAAAUCUUUUAUUUUAUGGGACAGUGAAUCUUCACUUCCCCCAGAGAGUUAGAAAGUGAAGUGCACCAGAAUCUCCUUUAGGUUAACUCCCACUUCCCCAUCCUCAUUUCCAGUUCCCAAUUUCGAGAUGCCUUCCUCACGAUAAGGACUUCCUUCAGAACAGGCAGCUCUCGCACUUGGAAGGUGCUGUGGCUAACAAGCUAGCUCCCCCAGCCCCCCUGGCCUCAGCUGGGUGGGGCCAGGAGUCGAGGGCCCGGAGUGGAGGGACCAGAGGCCGAAGGUCCUGCAAUUCUGACCAUGCCUUCCCGAACCGCCUUCUGUUUUUCUCUGCCUCAUGUGGGUUUCCGAGUUAAGUUUGGUUUGCUUCUGACAGCCCAUCUCGUCGGUGUGAGCCACGCCAAGCCUCUGCACUCCUAGGAGACUUAAUCUUCUGAUCGGCUGAUCACCUGACUAAGCUUUCCCACCCCCCAUCGAGCUGUACUGUGACCCUUUAGAACAAGAUCUCGGAUUUUGCCCAGGUGGUGUCCGGGGGACCAUGGUGUUUCUCCCUGAGAAUGCCUCGGACAGCACCAACUGCACCCACGCCCAGGAGCCAGUGAAUAUCUCCAAGGCCAUUCUGCUGGGUGUGAUCUUGGGAGGACUCAUCCUUUUUGGGGUGCUGGGAAACAUCCUGGUGAUUCUCUCAGUAGCCUGCCACCGGCACCUGCAGUCUGUCACCCAUUAUUACAUCGUCAACUUGGCUGUAGCUGACCUCCUCCUCACCUCCACGGUGCUGCCCUUCUCAGCCAUCCUAGAGAUCCUUGGCUACUGGGCGUUCGGCAGAAUUUUCUGCAACAUCUGGGCAGCUGUCGAUGUCCUGUGCUGCACUGCCUCCAUCAUGGGCCUGUGCAUCAUCUCCAUUGACAGGUACAUUGGGGUCAGCUACCCCUUGCGUUACCCCACUAUCGUGACCCAGAAAAGAGGACUCUUGGCCUUGAUGUGUGUCUGGGCCCUCUCCCUGACCAUCUCCAUUGGACCUCUCUUUGGCUGGAAAGAGCAGCCCCCAGAGGACGAGACCAUCUGCCAGAUCACCGAAGAGCCAGGCUACGUGCUCUUCUCAGCCCUGGGAUCCUUCUACAUCCCCUUGGCCAUCAUCCUGGUGAUGUAUUGCCGAGUGUACGUGGUGGCCAAGAGGGAAAGCAAGGGCCUUAAGCAUGGCCUGAAGACAGAUAAGUCAGACUCAGAGCAGGUGACUCUGAGAAUCCAUCGAAAGAAUGCUCCCUCUGCCAGCAGCUCUGCAUCGAGCUCCAAGAACAAGACGCACUUCUCUGUGAGGCUUUUAAAGUUUUCCCGGGAGAAGAAAGCAGCAAAAACCCUGGGCAUCGUGGUGGGCUGCUUCAUCCUCUGCUGGCUCCCUUUCUUCUUAGUGAUGCCGAUUGGGUCUUUCUUCCCUGAAGCUAAGCCCUCGGAUACUGUUUUUAAAAUAGUCUUUUGGCUCGGAUACUUAAACAGCUGCAUCAACCCCAUCAUCUAUCCCUGUUCCAGUCAAGAGUUUAAAAAGGCGUUUCAGAAUGUCCUGAGAAUCCAGUGUCUCCGAAGAAAACAGUCCACCAAACAUGCCAUUGGCUAUACCCUCAACCCACCCAGCCACGCCAUAGAAGAGCAUAAGGACUUGGUGCGUAUCCCAGUGGGAUCAGGGGAGACCUUCUAUAAGAUCUCCAAGUCAGAGGGGGUCUGUGAGUGGAAAUUUUUCUCUUCCACAUCCAGUGGGCCCGCUAAGAAUACUGUGUCCCACGACCAGUCUACCUGCACGUCGGCCCGGGUAAGAAGCAAAAGCUUUCUGAGGGUCUGCUGCUGCGUGGGGUCCUCAGGUCCAGCCAUCCAAGAGAGCCGCCAACUGCCCACCAUUAAGAUCCACACCAUCUCCCUCAGUGAGAACGGGGAGGAGGUCUAAUGGGCUGCAGCAGUCCCAAGGGAGAGGGAUGUCAAUAGGGCAUUUGUCAUUCUAUCUCCCACUCAUCAGGCUGGAUAGUUACUCUUCUGGAGCAAAGGCAAUGGCCUUCCAUGUAGGGUGGGAUGGGGAGGAAAGAGGAAGAGGUGAGAGAUCAUCUCCUAGUCCAGUGACUUAGAAUGAUGACCAUCAUUAUUUCCUUGCUGGGAACACUCUUUCUCUCUGAGCCUUCCUCUUUGUCUUUGGUCAUUCCAAUGAAAAAUAUCAUGGGAAACAAAAUUUCCUUCA